CGCGGAUGGAAUGUACGAGGUGUCCUUCUACUCCAACGCAGUGGUCUCGUACGACGGUAGCAUCUUCUGGCUCCCGCCGGCCAUCUACAAGAGUGCUUGCAAGAUCGAGGUCAAGCACUUCCCUUUCGACCAGCAAAACUGCACCAUGAAGUUCCGCUCGUGGACGUAUGACCGGACGGAGAUCGACCUGGUGCUGAAGAGCGACGUGGCCAGCUUGGAUGACUUCACCCCCAGCGGCGAGUGGGACAUCAUGGCUCUGCCGGGCCGCCGCAACGAGAACCCCAACGACUCGACCUACGUGGAUAUCACUUACGACUUUAUAAUCCGCCGAAAGCCGCUAUUCUACACCAUCAACCUCAUCAUUCCUUGCGUCCUGAUCACCUCCUUGGCCAUCUUGGUCUUCUACUUGCCCUCCGACUGUGGCGAGAAGAUGACCCUCUGCAUCUCAGUUCUUCUGGCCCUCACCGUCUUCCUGCUCCUCAUCUCCAAAAUUGUGCCCCCGACUUCGCUGGAUGUCCCCUUGGUCGGGAAGUAUCUCAUGUUCACCAUGGUGCUGGUGACCUUCUCCAUCGUCACCAGCGUCUGCGUCCUCAACGUCCACCACCGUUCUCCCACCACCCACACCAUGCCUCCUUGGGUCAAAGUGGUCUUCCUGGAGAAGCUGCCCACCUUGCUCUUCCUCAAGCAGCCCCGCCAGAGCUGCGCCCGCCAGCAGCUGCGCCAGAAGCGCCAAAGCCAGGAACGGGCGCUGGGCAGCUUCUUCAUGCCAAGAGGGACCCGUUCCUGCACCUGCUACGUCAACCCAUCCACCGUCAAGAAGUUCGGGACAGGGAGUAGCAGUGGAAGGACCUUCACCGAAAGCUCCGAAGGCGUCAACGGUUUCCGGGAAAGGCUGGGCCAAGCGGCGCCCGAGCAGGAAGCCUGCUGCUGCGGGUUGGAGGAAGCGAUCGACGGGGUGCGCUUCAUCGCGGACCACAUGAAGAGCGAAGACAACGACCAGAGCGUGAGCGAGGACUGGAAAUAUGUGGCGAUGGUGAUCGACCGCCUCUUCCUGUGGAUCUUCAUUUUUGUCUGCGUCUUCGGCACCAUCGGCAUGUUCCUUCAGCCCCUCUUCCAGAACUAUGCCACCAACUCCCUCUUGCAAAUCAACCACAAUUAGCCCACCUCCGAUGGUGGCCAACGGUGGUCUUCUCCGGCCUCAGGAGGGAGGAGGACACUCAACGUGGCUCUUCCUAGGGACACCGUCUCCUGUAGCUGCCAAGAGUUGACCAAAGACCUUUCACCUCUUGGCCCUUGGUUGAAGGCCAGGAAGAGAAGAUCACUUGAGGAGACCCUCAACAAGUUCUGGAAGGGGUUCGUUGCUUUAGAAAGCCAGUGGACCAAUGGGUUGACGUGAUCAACCAGUUGAGUAGACUUCUUUCGGCACGAAGCAGGUGUCCAUCUACCCUAUCGGGACCAGCUUCAGUAGCAAGGAACAGUGAAGGAAGUUCUCCUAGCCAAGAUGAUGAAACCAUGUUCCUUGCUACGAUGAAGUCCUACCGAUAGGCGGCUCUUGGGAAGGAUUGUUGGAUUUCCUCAAAUCUUUCCAGGAACAAGCUGACCCCACCAAGGAUGGGAAGUCCUCCCCUUUCGGAGGAGGUGGAGGUGAUGGACCACGGAUGGUGGAGAUACUUCCUGCAGUUUCACUGCCGUUGGGCAUUUUAGAUUAGUUCUCCUCUCUUAAAUAAACCAUGGCUUAGU